AUGGUGGUUGCCGUCGCGUCGCCUUCGUCGGCGGCACCGGCACCCUCCGCCGGCCGUCUCCAUCCGACAUACAAGGAGAUGAUCAUGCAGGCGCUGACGGAGCUGCGGGACCCGGGCGGGUCGAGCCGCACCGCCAUCGCCAACUACAUCGCCGACCACUUCUCCGGCCUCCACUCUCGCCACGACGCCCUCCUCUCCGUCCAUCUCCGCAGCCUCAGGUCCCAUGGCCAACUUCGCCUCGUCUCUCGCAACUACUUCGUCUCCACCGCCACUCAGCAGCCUGCUCCGGGGCAGAAGUGUGGUCGGGGGCGGCCUCGCAAGAACCCAGAUUUAGCCCCUUCCGCUUUGGUUCCGGCGUUUCAGGGCCCCAAGCGAGGGCGUGGACGCCCGCGCAAGAACGCCCUAGACCCGGUGGCUUCCUCUCCUUCGCCGCUGCCGGGAGCAAGUGCUCCGCCGCCUCCAUCUGGGGUCAAGAGGGGGCGUGGACGCCCGCGGAAGGACGCCCUUGUCCCUCCGCCUUCCUCUUCUUCGCCACUGCCGGGAGCGAUUGAUCCACCGCCUCCAUCAGGGGUCAAGAGGGGCCGCGGACGCCCUCGGAAGAGCGCCCUUGUCCCUGUGCGUUCCUCCUUUUCACAGCUACUGGGAUGUAUUGCUCCACCACUUCCGUCUGGGGUCAAGCGGGGGCGCGGACGCCCGCGCAAGAAUGCCUACCCCGCUGUGGCGCCGUUGGUGGGAGUUGAGCAGGGACCUGCUGGUGGGCAACCUGCUACCGUGCCCCACAGUGGUAAGAGUAAGCCUGUCCGGCCGCUCAGGGUUGCUGUUGAUGUUAGUGCUUUGCGUGGUUCCUCCAUGAACAUAUCUGCCUGUAGUAACAGUGUGGUUGGUGGGAAAGAGAAGAUGCAACCUGAAUCUGUGCAGUCCGUGGAUGCUUCAUUGACUAAGAGAGGGCGUGGGAGGCCCAGAAAGGAGAAGUCAUUGGAAAAUAGCCACUUGAAAGCCGCACACUUGACUGAGGGUCAACAUGAAGCUCUGACUGCGCAAGCUGCAGACCAAGCUGGGGCUGUCCAAAAUGAAGUUGAAGCCAAGGAUCUGCAAUCCUUGGAGAAGAGAGGCCGCGGGCGUCCUAGAAAGAGGCCGUUGGAAACCAAAACUUCAGAAGCAGGGGUUGCUGCAUCAGCUGUGAAGAGAGGCCGUGGGAGGCCAAGAAAGGAGAAGACUUCAGAAACUGGGGACUUGAAAGUUGCACAGAUGACUGAGGGUCGACAUGAAGCUCUGCCUGCACAAGCUGUAGACCAAACUGGGCCUAUGGAAAAUGAAGUUGAAGCUAGGAUUUUGCAAUCCUUGGGUACUUCUUUGACAGAGAAGAAGAUGACUGAGGGUCAACAGGAAGCUCUGACUGCACAAGCUGCAGACCAAGCUGGGGCUGUGCAAAAUGAAGUUGAAGCUGGGGAUUUGCAAUCCUUGGGUACUUCUUUUACAGAGAAGAGAGGCCGCGGGCGUCCUAGAAAGAGGCCGCUGGAAACCGAAACUGCAGAAGCAGGGGUUCCUGCAUCCACAGUGAAGAGAGGCCGUGGGAGGCCAAGAAAGGAGAAGACAUUGGAAACUGGGGACUUGAAAGUUGCACAGAUGACUGAGGGUCAACAUGAAGCUCUGCCUGCACAAGCUGUAGACCAAGGUGGGCCUAUGCAAAAUGAAGUUGAAGCUAGGAUUUUGCAAUCCUUUGGUACUCCUUUGAUGGAGAAGAGAGGUCGUGGGCGACCUAGAAAGAAGCCAUUGGAAACUGAAACUGCAGAAACCCAAGGUGAUGCAUUGGUGAAGAAGCGAGGGCGUGGCAGGCCAAGAAAGGCCAGGCCUUUUGAAACUGGGUCUGUGGAAACUGCAGUUGAGGUGUCUAGGGACUUGACAGAAGAUGGGCCUGAAAAAGAUGGGGAUCUUGUGUCAGGGAAGAAAGCAAAAGCUCAAGGUGUACUUUUGGUUGAGGGGAUAGACAAUGGCCCUGCAGAUGCUGGAUGUUUGGUAGUGUCAAGAGAGUAG